GUAAGUGGAUGGUCCGCGCGCGCGUUGGCGGCAGAGCUGGGAGCACGGCGACAGGUCGGCGGCGGUCGAUCCCGAUUUCGCGUCACGGCCGAUCGAUCGUGGAUGAGUGCGUGGCGAGAAGUCGAUCGAGACGAGGCAAGUCAGCACGCGAGGCGAUCCCAGGGAUGUUGCUCGGCGCCGGCCAGUAACGGUUCGCGCGCCUCGCAGUGGUGCAACCUAGGUUAGGGAAGUUGUUUCGAAAGUGUAUCGGGGAAAGUGGGCAUUAAAGGCCACCCUGGAAGAGGAUGCGUCCCGUGGCAGGCGCGACCGGGCCCCGGCAAGGACCCGCCGGGGCGAGGCAGCUUCACCUCGUCGUAACCUUGCUCCUGCUCGCCGCAACUCUCGGUGACGCGACCAGGCUGAGGCACUCGAGGCAUUUGGACGCGAAAACGCAAUUCUACAACAACGAGGAGCCCGUGUACCAGCAAGGCCUGAACCACAAUCGCAAGCCGGUCUUCUCGAAUUGCUCGAAUUACGCACCAACGGUUAAGGAAGAGGAGGAGCCGAAUACCCUCGUCACUCAAGUGUACGCAAAAGAUGACGACCCGCCGAAAGAAGGAGGAACCAUCACGUACAGCUUCGUCACGGCGCCUGGAGAGAAACUCAAAUUCGAAAUUAACAACAGGACCGGGGAAAUCAGGACGACUCAGAUUCUUGACAGGGACGAGCCUGCGAGAGAGAAGGAAGCUUACUUGACAGUCUUGGCAACCGACAAUGGCAGGCCGCAGUUACAUGACGUCUGUACCUUCAAAGUCACCAUCGAGGACGUCAAUGACAGCGCGCCGGUCUUCGACAAAGUGGCGUACACGGAGUCCGUACCUCAGGAUCUGCCACCAGGAAGAGAGGUCAUGAGAGUCUCGGCGACAGACAUCGACGAUGGGAACAAUUCCGUCGUGAUAUACAGCCUUUCGCCUAAACGACCGGAAGAUGGGGUCUACUUUUGGAUCGACGAGAAAACGGGAGUCAUUUUCCUCAACAAGACCAUAGACAGGAGCCCGGAUUACAAGUUCAGCAUGACCGCCAUCGCCAGAGAUCGUGGAGAGAUUCCAAAAUCGAGUGUGAUCGACCUCGACAUCCGAGUCGUGGAGUCGAACAAGAAAGCGCCGUCCUUCCUGCCAAGAAUAGAGGAGCCAAUCAGGCUGCAAGAAAAUUUCAGCGACUUCGACGCGAGCAUUGUUCACUUGAAAGCUGUUUCCAAUAGCCCAGAACACCCGGAAUUGAUCUUUGACCUCGUUAUUGGGAGAACGGAGCAGACUAACAAGAAAAAUACGUUUAGGCUGGAGACCACGAGGAACACAGAGGCGGACAUUAAGCUUUCGCAUCAUCUCGAUUACGAGAGCAACACGGAAUACAGUUUCAAUGUUCGCGUCCAGAAUGCACAUCAGCUGGCCGCGGAGACUACCAUCAACAUCCAAGUGUUGGACGUGAACGACAACAUCCCCGUGUUUCGAGAAAUGAAGGAAGGUAGUGUUUUGGAGAACGAAGAGCCAGGAGCUCCGGUUAUGCAAGUUCUGGCGAUCGAUGCCGAUGGCACACCUGAGCACAACCAGGUCACUUAUGAGCUCUUCGACAACAAGGAGUUCUUCGCCAUCGACAAGUACACGGGGAAUAUAACGACCAAGGUGAAAUUCGAUCGGGAGACCAAAGACACCUACAACGUCAAGGUGAUAGCGACCGACAACUCGCCGAGCGCUCUUUUCAAGAGUGGAGAACACAACAAAGGAGAACAAGUCUUCCGAAUAGCGAUCGCCGACAAGAACGACAACGCGCCUCACUUCACCCAGAAGCAGUACACCGCGAACUCAAUAUUGGAGAACGCCAACAUAAACGCCCUCGUAACCGAGGUCGAGGCGAAGGAUUCGGAUACCGCGAGUCCGGUCACGUAUAGCAUUAUCUCCGGAAACACCAAUAACAGUUUCUACAUCGAGGGAACCACGGGAAAGAUCCGCGUGAACAAGCCGUUGGACUACGAGGAAAUCACCGAAUACAAUCUGACCGUAAGAGCCUUCGACGGGCUUUACGAGGACACGGCAGGAGUGAAGAUUUUCAUAGAAGACGUGAACGACAAUCCUCCGGUGUUCGAGGAUUUUGAUACCAAUCCUACCAUACUAGAAGAGGAGCUGGUCGAUGGCUGCAUCACCACAGUGGUUGCGUACGACCCGGAUAUUAAGAAUCGCUCGGUGGACCAGCACAUCGCCUACUUCAUAGUCAAGGACGAUCAGCAGCCGCUGAUAGAAAUCGAUAAAACCGGAUGUAUGACUCUGAAAAAGCCCUUGGAUCGAGAUCCGCCGAAUGGUUAUCCGAUCUGGACCGUAAUCGUGAUGGCUCGCGACGAGGACGGCUCGCCCACCGCUCUUCGAGAGCUGGUGAUGGUCAACAUCACUCUUAUCGACAUAAAUGACAACGCUCCAUUCCUGGACAUGCCCCAUCCCGUUGUUUGGUACGAGAACGAGCCCCCGGGAAACAUAACGGAGCUCAAAGCACGGGACUACGACUCCACAAAAAACGGCCCUCCCUUCAAGUUCGCCAUCGUCGAGUCCGCGGACAUCGAGAUCUUGACAUAUUUCUCCAUCAAUGGCACUCGUCUGCACGCUCAAGUGGUGUUCGACCGAGAAGAGCGGAAGAGCUAUGAGAUCCCCAUAGCGAUAACGGACAGCGGAAUUCCCCCUAUGACCGGAACCUCCACCCUGACCGUCAUUAUCGGCGACAGAAACGACAACGCCAUGGAGGACGGAUCGAGCUCGAUCUUCGUGUACAAUUACAAAGGCCAAGCGCCCAACACGGAAAUCGGAAGAGUAUACGUGAACGACCCGGAUGACUGGGAUCUACCUGACAAGUCUUUCGAGUGGGCCCCACAUGCGAAUCACGACGGCUUUUACCUGGAUUCCAGAACGGGCAUGAUCACCUUGCUCUCUGGGACUUCCAACGACACCUUCAGCUUGAAAUUCGUCGUCCGAGAGGAGAGCCCAUUGGUGCCCUUCCACAAAGUCAAUGCAUACGUCAACGUCACCGUCAAGGAGAUACCCGAAGAAGCGGUCAUGAAGUCGGGAUCCAUUCGGUUCUUCGGUAUCACGGCUGAGGAAUUCGUGGCUCCGGAUCCAGACGGCGUCAGCAAGAAGGACGCUCUUCAGGAACGGCUGGCGUCCAUCCUGAACACCUCCCUGGAGAACGUGGAUGUCUUCACCGUCCUUCACUCCCCGCACUACAAUAAUAAAUCCCUGCUGGAUGUGAGAUUCUCGGCUCAUGGUUCACCUUACUACGCCCCUGAGAAGCUGAACACCAUCGUUGCUCAGAAAUCGAAGGAGAUCGAGCACGAAAUGAAGGCCGAAAUGCUUCUGAUCAACAUCGACGAGUGUCUCUUUGAGAAGCUCCAUUGCAACAAUUCCUGUCGCAGCAUCCUGAACGCCAGCUCGGUGCCUUAUCCGGUUUACACCAACACCAGCUCCUUUGUUGGAGUCCGGGCAGUCGUUGAUCCUCAAUGCAUUUGUCACGUUGCCGACCCUAUCGUGUGCUUGAACGGGGGAACACCUUCGGCAGACAGGUGUGAAUGUCCUCCGAAUCUGGAAGGCCCAAGGUGCGAGUUGUUGGGCAUCGGGUUCCGAGGAGAUGGAUGGGCCAUUAUGCCUCCACCUGGACAAGCCUGCGACGACUCACACUUAGGUUUGGAACUAACGCCCCAGGUGGAUCACGGAUUGGUCUUUUACUUUGGACCGAUGAAUUACAGUCCUAAACUCGGUAUUCAAGAUUUUAUGUCUCUGGAAAUCCAAAAUGGCUACGCGGUUCUCUACGUCGAUUAUGGCACUGGUACCGUAAAGCUGGAUCAGAAACAAAUUAAAUUAACCGACGGCAAGAGCCACAGAGUAGACGUUUAUUGGACGAAAACCACCAUUGAAAUGAAAGUGGACAACUGUGGUAUAUCGGCUUGCAUGAGCCUGACUGCUCCGCAAGGAUCGAACGAGUUCCUGAACGUGAACAGUCCUCUACAAGUAGGGGGUACCUUGUCUAACUUGGCACACUUAGCUUCGAAAUUAGGAUGGAAUCACAGACCAUCGGACAAAGGAUUCGUUGGAUGCAUCCGCAACAUGACCAUCAAUGGAAACACGUACAACUUGGGAAUGCCAGUUCUAUCCAGAAACGCCGAUCCAGGGUGUGACCAUGGGAUGGCAGUGGCGGUAUCAUUCGGAAUUGACACAAACUUUUUGGUAGCCAUUUUAGUAUGCAUAGCCAUUCUGCUUAUACUUUUACUGGCAGUGGUUGUUCAUAGAAGAAAGACCGACGACCUCUUUAAGGAUAUGGACGACAUUAGGGAAAAUAUUAUCAACUAUGAAGAUGAAGGCGGUGGCGAAGUUGACACUGGCUAUGACCUUAACGUUUUAAGGUCGAUAUACGAUGCGCCGCCGAUAGAAUCAAAAAUAGCUCCAGUUGGUCUUCAGGGAAGAGCUCCCGACGAAGUCCCGGAUAUCUGCGGAUUCCUGGACGGUAAAAAAGAAAGCUGUGACAAAGAUCCUGACACGAAUCCUUUCGACGACGUCAGGCAUUACGCAUACGAGGGCGAAGGCAAUUCGGAUGGCUCCUUGUCGUCCUUAGCAUCCUGUACAGACGACGGUGAUUUAAAUUUCAAUUAUCUGUCUAACUUCGGGCCGAGGUUCCGGAAAUUAGCCGACAUGUACGGAGAGGAUCCCAGUGACGAGGAAAGUGACGGCGUAGGUGAACGCGAGAGCGAAAGCUGGUGUUGAGCUUUUCAGGGACUCGCCUAAAGAGCGAAGACGAAUGUAUUCCCGAUUAUCGAAUCAUCCCCUGGAUACUCCCUCUGCACGAGAGCACUCGUUUAUGUGUCGAUGUCAAGGAAGUGCGCGAGCCUAAGACUUCGCCGUAUUUGUACUUAAGGGGAGGUGAGCUUAGGGCUUUCAACUUUUACGAAACGCUGACUGACUUUAGAGACUCGCCGGCCUCGAAGACUACCUUGAGCAUUUGGAUGCCUCGUUCAAACCGAACGUGAGAGCCUUUCAUGAAAGUGGAUCCUCAUCGAAUAGCGCACAGGCAACGAGAGUAACGUUAGAUUUACGAUUAAUUAAGCGAUUAAUUAGAUUCGUCAGUCUUCGUUGCCCUCGCCACGGCGGCAGGCGAGACGACUUCCCUCGAGCCUGGCAUUCGCCUGCGUUACGAGGUCCCAGGCUUUUUUAUGCAUAAAUAAAUAUAUAUAUGAAGAUAAAUAUAUAUAUAUUAUAUUAUACAAAAUAUAGAUAUAACACCGAACGACGAGGAAUCGGCGACAUGAUCUUAAAAGCCACGUUGUAAGAGAGGCGUUUACACGGCGCAGCAGUUGAACGUGACAUUUAAUUUAUAUGAUAUUUUAUUAAUCGGAUGAAAGCGUGAACGAGAGAGAGAGAGAGAGCGAACGGUAAUGCGAGCGAUGUGGUAAAUGAAUUACCGAUUGUAGAGUGUAACAUCGUCUAGGCCAUUGUAUUAGACAAACGUAAUACUUGCGUGCGCACGUCCACGUAUGUACAUUAUUUUGUCGCGAAAUGUAGGCACACGAGGACGAUCGUUCGCUAUGUACAUAGAGUAUGGAAUAUUAACAUAUAAAUACCAUCUCGGGAGGAGCAUACACAACUAUGCGUACAUUCUCUGGGGUUUGACGAUCGUUUACAUUCAAUUUCUAUACGUUAAUUUGUACCUUCGCCGAGGUGCAUUCGAGUAUACCCGGGAUAUACCCUGAAGAACCGAGCGCUUCCGGGUCUGAUUUUCGAACCGCCAUUUAGGGUUGACUUUCUCAUGCAAAAAUGAAUCGUUAGGUCAAGUCGACCUUCCGGAACCAUAAAAUCGAUAACGAUGGUAAUGUUCAUUUUUGCGUUAGAUAGCACACGAUUCGAGAAUCGGUACCCCGAUGAAGCGUUCGAGGUCAAGUGCCAUAGCGCGCCUUACUUAUGAAAUUCCUUGAUCCACGAUCCAUGGAUCGGCACAGUAUUACGCGUAAGGGAUCGGCAAAUGAGUUUCGGAUGCCCACGAGACACAUUUUGUCGAUCCGAAUUCAUUUUAAUCCUACUCGAAUGUAUCCCUCUCCGAUGGGCCGCGAUUUUUCGCGGCUGCUGUUUCAUCAUCGUUUCAUUUCAUAUUUAAGCGGUAUAGUAUAUCAUAUAGGCGUUCAUAGGCGUAUAUAAAUGAAUAUAUAUAUAUAUUCACUCUAAUUUCUAAGCUUUUUGUACAUUGAAACAGUGACGUUAUAUAUGUGUAGAUAUGUAUCGUGAACGAGCGACUCGCGUCGAGGUGUCUCCGCUAAUGAAUUUAUUGGACACCUCUGACGUUUCGGGAUUUAUUUUGGCCAUUGUAAAUCAGCGCAGCUAAAUGAGAGCUUAUAGCUCGAAUAUGUAUGACCCGAUUAUACGGGAGCACCGAAACGUGAGAGGAGGUGGGCCUCGGAUGCAUCUCGAAGUGAUGCGAGGCACCUAUGCAUGCGAUCUCGAGAUUUAAGUGCGAGGCGAUUAGGCGAAAGCGUGUGAUCUCAAAAUUAAUGGGGCUGCGUUAAACAGCGGUUUCGCGAGGGGUUACUCUGUAUCAGUAGGACGAUCCGCUAGCUAGAUAGCGAUAUAUCGCAUGGACAAUUAAUAAUCUACAGUUGAAGCUGGACAUAUCAAACCCCGCUGCACCGACGAUGACUUUGUUUUCAUUUCCCGCUAAGUGUAAAAAUUACUCCCUGGGAUUUAAUGGUAUCCAGCAGUAUACUCCGGUUAUUCAGAACAUUAACUCGUCACGACAUUAUGGGUACAUCUGCAAUACUAAUCUAACUUGAUGCUGCAAUGUUCAUUUACAACUCGUGCAUUAUUAUUUAGUUAUUUGAUAUAGCGGAAUUUGUUCUGUCCUGCCUCAGCUGGAUGGACGGCUACCAGCUGAUCCUCGAUGAUUAAAUUUAACAUUUUCUUGCGGCUUAUGGAUUCCAGUCGGGGCGAUUACAAUCUAUUACGUGUUUCUACGUAAGCGCGGCUAAACGCUCUUCGGAUAAUCCCUAUUUACUGGCCUAAGUAAGACGUCGUACUUGCGUGAAACUGGAUCUUGUACUUGAAUUUACUGUAGGUAUUGAUCGUGAAUUGACUUCUAAGUUAUUUGUUUCGCACUCGAGGUUCGAUCGAAGUGAUCUCUUUUCGUCGGUACCAAAGAAAAUUAAACGGUUCGUAGAACGACAAACAGUUAUCUGGCUUUCAUCCGGAGGCGGAGAUGUUUGAUUGUUUCUUCCGAGCCCUUCAAGUGCACUUUCUUUGAUGCUAUUCGAAGUACCAUUAACGUCAGCCUCCACUCAUAUAUGAAAUUAUUGCGCUAAACUUCCGCCACACUCUCGACAUACCAUCGCCUAAUUCAAUUUAGCUCGUAACAUUUGUUCCGCGAUUUUUUGUCGCUCAAUGAGUUGUAUCAAAUAAAUACUUAGGUCGAAGUAAAGACGUUACUUUCGACGAGAGGGAAAUAAACGUUGCGACUCGUGACAAAUUCACUGCUGAAUUUGAGUACCUAACUUGAGCGUUUCGCGAGGGAUACGAGUUCACGUACGUGCAGUCAGAGUCGCGUAUAAUUGCCUUUAAUCUGCACUUGCAUUGUACAAAUAUAGAAAAAUUCCGAAAAUCAAACGCAUAGUUCAGGCUCAUUUCUGCGGCAUUUUGUCCCGAUGCAAGUGCAGCCCAUUAAAAGCGCCGCGAAAGACAAAUCUGGCUCAGCUCUGACAACACGAACGCACCUCGUAUGAUUUAGAAUAACGAAUUUUUUUUUUUACCAGACCGAGAAACGCGGAAUCGGUGGGUAACCCAUCUCGAAUCGAUCGUCGACUAUUCAAGCGUAUAAAAAUAUUUUAUAAUUUCUCCCCUCAAAGUCACGGAGAACACGGGUUACUCAACCGAUAUCCUCGCGAUUUCUGCGAUUAAGGCGUCCUUGCGAAGGAAAGUGAAUAGCGAGGCAGUACAUUUUAAAAUAUAAAUAAAAUCGUACGUCGAAAUAAGAAAAAAAAAAAAUCUAAGUCCUCCAAAUUUAAAUUGCAUCGCUAGUUGCAUCGUGCCCGCGCUGCAUCGCGUAGUACGAUUGGAAUUUCUCCUGGAAAUCCAUGCUAUUCUCUUUCCUCCGAGGGUGUCUGAAUUUUCGAAAACUUCGGACGUAUCUGAUUCUCGAUGACAAUUUGGGUUUCCGAUUCUUGGUGUUAUUGGACUUUCGAACCACCGGAACUCGCACAUUCCAGUGCUUCUCCGUUCAGGGGAAGACUGUCCAAGACGAGACGGUGUAAUAUGAGGAUCCCGGAAAAAAAUAGAAAAGUUGAACAAAAAAAAAAAAGAAAGGAAACGAAAUACAGGAUGCCUCGUCUUACACUUUUCUACGCCGUUCUGGCGUAUACUGCCGAGUGUCGUUCAAUUUGUUCACUGCCCUCGAAGUGAUAAAUAUACGGACACGAUGAUGAUCCAGGUCUCCGGAUCCGUUUUAGCUACGUUACGUCCUGAGAGUUCGCGAGGAUGAGAUGUCGCUGCUUGGUCUUGAGACUUUGGGUUUCAUGUUCUAGGACAACGACGGACUUGUCUUUCCGGGUCUGGACGAAGUGCAGCUUCUUGCGUUUUGGGGGAGAAGCGCAAAGGAACAUUAAUAAGGGCGAAUGCAUGAAUGAUUGCGUGCGGGCGUGCGUUAUUACACAUCGACAUACUUGUACCCGCGUGUGUAGAAACGAGCCAUCGAAACGAGUGAUAAAUCCGUGGUUUCGCGAGAGCGUAUCCUUAGCACAGCUAAGUCAUGUGUAACACUCCCUUUGCAGGAAUAAAUAAUGAUAAACAUGA